GAUCACUUUCACUUCUUGUUCCUGGCCACAUCUAUCCCGCAGUCUUGCUGAGAUAGAAGGCGAGAUGAGGAAGCGGGAGGAGGAAGAGGAGCUGCAUCUGCCCAAUGAAUCUGUGGAGGACGAACCCGAGUUUGUGGGUGUCGGAUGGUCAAAGCCUCGCGACCCGCUUUUCUUGCCUGACGAAGAGGCGAAACUAGAAGCUCCGAGUCCUUCUCGCUCUGCGUCUCCCAAUCCCCGCAUAAGUCCUACCCCUGCUCCGCGAUUGGCGCAUGAGCCUGUAUUCGCCAUCCUCGAACGCUCCCCGACCCCGCCCGCGCUCUCUUUCUCGUUAGCGGAUGCCGGAAGACUGGAUUCCGGGCUGGAUCUGGAUGCGGAGCCAUUGGAGAAGGAGGAUUUGCAGCCUCAAUCUCGAUCUUCCACUGCCUCGGCUCAAGAUUCCCGCCGGAAGAGGCACCGCACAACUUCUCAGAAGGAGCGCUAUCGAAACGCUGCUCGUGCUUUCAUUCUGGAUCAAGCAGAGGAAGCGCAGGCCAGUUCUGACGAAGAAGAUGAUGAGGGAGAUUUGGAAGGUUUCAUUGUGAAUGACUGCUCAGGAAAUCAAGCACGCAGACAGCGAGCAGAUGUGCCGGGGGAUACAAUGAUCGACCCACUCUCCCUUGCCGAGCAAGAGAGGAUCGAGAAUGAGCGGGAAGCAGCUCGUUUCUCCCGCCGGCUGCAGACCUCCUCCCGACUCAUCAGCAUCGAUUUGCCCGACUACGUCAGUCGCCACCAGUACCCCUCCGAUGAGAGAAAUCCCGGCAUUCCCCUGGAUCGUCUUCCGGACGACAGCACCGAUCCCCUUUUGUAUCCGCUCACCGUGCCGGCGGGUCUCGAGCACAACCUGCUUGUAUAUCUCACCAACUUCUCCUGCACCAUUUCGGUCUUUUAUUCCCAUGAACGGUCCGGACUUGUGUAUACUGAGACACAAGAUACGGCGGGUCUCCGGAGAGUGACCAGAAGAUGGAGAAAUGGGUCAUGCCCGGAGACACAAGUUCGCUCUCCCUUGCCGGCUUUGGAGAAGAUGCAUGUCAUCAAGAUUCGCGUCGCCGAGAGCGUCAGUCCAGAUGAUUGCGUUGGAGCGUGGGUUCGUCCUGUGUCUGGUCGUCAUUUGGGGGAUCUGGCGCUCCGUCACAGUCAGACCGAGUGUCUGGUGGUGCCGCGCCUUCCAGACCCCAACAACACUGCUGGCACAAUCCGGCGACUUUUCAGUCCACAAUACAUCCAUUCCCAAUCCCCAGAAGUGGUGAUUCAUUCCCGAGGCAAUCGCUGGGAGUGGAAUGGUCGGAUCUUUCUCAAGAGCGGCCUCGAAGUGUUGCCCGCCACUUCUCCGCGUUCCUUUGCCCUGAAACCUCGCCCGCCCACUGAAGCUGAACUCGGCUUCUUCCGAGACAGUCGGGAAUCCAUGUGCAAUGUUACAUCUGUGGAAGAUCCACAGUUGGCAUUGCAGGAGGGUGACUGGGUGGUUGUAGUUGAUAACAGCGAGGACAGAGGGAAAGCUGGAGUUAUUGUCUGCAUUCCUACUCGGAAACAUGGUCGAACGCGAGUGGCAGCAGUUUUGCCGCAUUACAACGGGGUCGAAGAAAUCACAGCUGUCACAUUAUCUCGUGAAGACCUUCUUGUUGUUCCACUGGCAUCUCUUGCUCGCCACAUCCUAUCUCCCCACAGACCAUUCGAUAUCCGGUCCCGCCUCAAGAUUGUUUCUUCGAGUCUCUUUGGCGGAAUCGGCCAUGCAAUUGACUCUCAUUCCAACACAGGCUACAUCGAUUUCCGCGGACAUAGCGUUGAAGGCAAUGACCUGACCAUGACCAUUCCAUGGUCUGAGUGCGUUCUCGACUUCCGCGUCGGGGAUGUAGUGGAAAUCGUCAGCGGACCGUCUCAGGGCACAUCGGGCUUCAUUCUGGAUCUUCAUAUCGGCGGCUUCGUUGAUAUAUAUCCAUGCACAGCAGGGGAUGUGCAAGCACAAUUGCAUGGCACGUUUUCUCCGACUGAGUCCUUGGUGCAUGAUAUCUCAAUCGCCGGCCGUGAAUCAUUGAAUCUCCGAGUUCCCACCUUCUGUAUCAGAACGAUCCCAUCCAACGACAAGGGCUAUCAAUUCUCGCUCCAAACUGGAUGGCAGUCGAGGAAAGUAGCAGAGGAUUUCGUCUCAUCCAUCGUGGAAAGGCACAAGAUCCUGGCCGCUUCUGAGGAGCAGCUCAUGUAUACAGGACACGGGUAUGUGGGGCAGCGCGUCAUGAUCAUCGGCAAGCAUGAUCUCAAGGGACGAACGGGUGUUGUUGUUGGGUAUUCGUACCUCAAAACAUCGGCACCACCGGAAAGAGAGCAUGCCCUUUCCGGCUCGUCCGAGGGCAAGAUCCUUCAACCGCUCAAGUCUCAGGAUGUACAAUUGAGUGUUUCCAUGGACCUGGGAGGAGAAAUCCGAGUUGCGAUGAAGCAAGUUGUCCAUCCCGAGGCUCUGAUACCUCUGCGUCAGGCUAUGCAUUGGAGAAACCUCCGAGAUGCAUUGGGUGCCAGGGCCGAACGCAACAAAACGCCGGAGCCUGUGGCCAUUACCCAAUCUUGGAUGGACGAGAUAGUUGAGAGCAAAGUCCCUGAGGAUAACGAGCUCUGGCUGGCCGAUACUCGAUUCCUGACGAAACGGCUCGACCUCAGGGUAGUUUCCGAGGCUGCGCUCAAAGCCAUUCAAGUCCGUGCUCAGGCGGCCGUCAACGGAAGGAAGAGCCGACUGUUUUCCAAGUUCAAUGCAAGGACUUUCCAGCACGCGAACAUGGAGGGGGUCCUGCAUACCAAUCAGCGACAUUCUAUGACAGCUGCCGAUUUGAAGCUGCAUUUUGUCAAGUUGCGCAUCGGCCGUUUCGAUGAUGCCUUGGUUCCAGCUCAGGGGUUGCUACCAGUCAGGACACUCAAUGGAGCCUGCAUCAGCGCCAUUCGCGAGCGCGUGAUUAUCAUUGGUUGUAACGUGGCCACAGAGGUCUUUUCCUUGCCCUCUCCCGACCCAGUUUCCCAACCCGUCCCUGCAUCGCCUUCCCUGCACGCUAUGCGUCGUUCUAAGCGAAAUGCGGGCAUCAACGCUCCUCCAAUCCCCGUGGAAGUGCCUCGCGCCGAUGCGGAGAAAGCGUGGCGGCGCCGGAGGCAGGAACAAAAAGACACGCAAGCAGCACUGGAUGCCCAAACUCCGCCGCAGACAGCUACAGGAAGUCACGCCAGCGACGCUCAGAGAUCCAAGCGUAAACGACGUGAGCAGGAGUCUACCCCACCGGAGGAUGGAGAGCAAGUGGAAGCUGCAUCGGAGAACGUAUCCGUAUCGUCGGUCGGUGCUCACAGGUCAAAGAACACCGAGGGUGUGGCUCUCAAUGUGAAUGAGACGCCAGAAGUCGAACCGGCAGUCAAGCCCCGCCGCAAACCGAAGAUGCCGCAGCCUGUAUCUCACGAAUCCGCGCAAUUGGAGCAACGCCCCAUACCAGAGAUGCAGGAGAAGGAGACUGUCACUUCUGAUGUCGAGAUGCUGGACGCGUCAGCGGAGAAUUUUGUUGAGGAACGAGCGGAGGAUGCGGAAAUGGAGGAUGCGACAAGUCUAAGCCUGUCGCAGUCUCGUGCGCAGGUUUAUCCUGCAGCGAGCAGGGAAGAAAUGAAACGGCGCGCCUUGGGUGAGCAUGCACGCGCGCUGGCGACCGACACUGCGCCUACCACUCCAUUGCCAUCGGCAACGCACUCACUACAGUCAGACGGGUAA